AUGACAGACGCAAGACCCCCAUCCGCGGGUGACCACCAGGUCCACCAGGCCACCCUUCCCAAUACUGAGAUGAACGACCUGAAGAAAGACAUCUCUCACGUCGAGCGGGUGCUUUCUCCCAGUGACAAGGAUGCUGUGGACCAUACCCGUGUCGAUAAUGAGCUCCAGGAGUACGCAAACCUCGGGCGGGUAGAGAUAGAUGAAGCCACCAAUCGAAAACUGCGGCGCAAGAUCGAUCGCCGCGUGCUGGUGAUCAUGAUUAUCACCUAUUUCCUACAAGCCCUGGAUAAAGGUACAAUGUCCUUUGCAUCCAUUAUGGGUAUUCGUGAGGAUACCAACUUGCACGGCCAGCAGUACUCCUGGUUGACGACCUGUAUCUACAUUGCUGUCCUGAUAGUGGAGUAUCCAACGAACUGGAUGCUCCAGCGAGUUCCCAUCGCCAAAUACCUGGGUAUCAAUAUCAUCCUUUGGGGCUCGGUUCUGGCACUCCACGCGGCUUGCCACAACUUUGCCGGUCUAGUCACAGUGCGUACCCUCUUGGGUAUCUUCGAGGCUGUCUGCCAACCGUCAUUUGUGGUCCUCUCGGGAAUGUGGUAUAAAAGAGAGGAACAAGCUGCCACGGUCACAUACUGGUACAUGAUGAACGGAGGUCAGCAAAUUGUCGGUGGUCUACUAGCAUACUGUUUCGGCUUGAUCGGUAAAGACAAGGCCAUUCACUCAUGGCAGGCGAUUUUCAUUGCAUACGGAUGCCUUUCAGUACUCUGGGGCUUCUUCGUUCUCUAUUGGAUGCCCGAUUCACCGAUGCGGGCCAAGUGCUUCACCGAAGAAGAGAAGCAUUUGAUGGUCGAGCGUGUCCGUGCCAACCAGACCGGUAUGCAAAACAAGCAGUUCCGGAAAUACCAGAUGUGGGAAGCCUUCCGUGAUCCGCAAAUGUGGUGUUACUGUGCCAUCCAGGUUUUCACGACGCUUCCCACCAGUGGUCUGGGUUCCUUUGCAAACAUUAUUAUCACAGGCUUCAACUUCACCGAACUGCAGACUCAGCUGUUAGCUAUGGUGUUGGGUGCCUAUAUCAUCAUCGUCCUGAUGUCGUCUGCAUGGUUGGUGAAGAAGACGAACCAGAACCUGCUCGUCAUGCUGGGCUUUAUGAUCCCAUCCUUUGUCGGAACCAUUGUCCUAAUGACAGUCGAAAAUAAGAACUUGGCCACAAAGGCCGGUCUCCUCAUCAGCUACUACAUCACUCUGUCGUUCUGGUCCGCCCAGGGUCUCUGUCUCUCUAUGGUGUCUCGGAACAUUGCAGGAGCAACCAAGAAGUCGACUGUAGUCGCAGCCACCUUUGUCUCGUGGGCUGUCGGCAACGCCAUCGGCCCUCAGGUUUUUCUAGACAAAGACGCGCCCCGCUACUUCAUUGCCUUUGGCGUCCAUCUUGGAUGUUACUCUGCCAUGUGCCUGGCCGUGGGUUUCCUGCGCUUCUACCUAAUGGCGCAGAAUAAGAAGAAGGAUCGCAUGUUGCAGGAGGCUGGGGUUAACCCUAGCACAACUGAUAACCUUGACCACGCUUUUGAGGACCGCACGGACCAGGAGAAUCUUCACUUCAGAUAUAUCUAUUAG